AUCGAUGCUUAAUACACACUUGAGUCUCGAGUUCUCAGCUUACUAUUCUCGCCACGAAAAUCUCACGAAAGUGGGCACUUCUCGACUUUGUCGCCGAAAGCAGAAUAUACCAACAAUUUUUACCCCCAAAUUGCUGAUGUACAGAGUUGUGUUCGGCAUGGACUCUGGUUCAGCGGACACCGGUGAUGAACGCGAAUUCCCGUAAAGCUCCGUUUUUCGGUACCCCUGUCCGUUGUGUCGUAACUUGCCGUUACUGGUAGCUCCUGGCCCGAGCGCCGAUUUCUCAUAAUGUUAACUUCCAGAGUCCAAAUUACAGGAUUGCGUGUCGCAACAUUCACAGGUUCUACCUACCACAAUGCAGAGACUCCUGUCGGAAGAGAUCGUCAAUCCCCAGCAGAGGAAAAGGUCAACUCUCGGGAAUGUCUGCGUCGUAGGUGGGUGCGGCUUCCUCGGCCACCACAUUGUGCGGGUCCUUUUGGAGCAGUUUCCAGACACGAGAAUCUUCGUCCUCGACUUACGCACUGAGAGCAAUCGUAACUCUAGUCCGCAAGUCAGCUAUCAUGCGCAAGACAUCACAGAUACCGCUAAGAUCUCGGAGCUUUUCCAGCAGUUCAAACUCGAUGUCGUUAUACAUACUGCGAGCCCAGUACCAACAUUGCCCAAGAAGCUGUUAUACAAAGUCAACGUAGAGGGGACGAAAGCGCUUCUCCAGGCUGCACAGGAGACUGGAGUUAAAGCAUUCGUGUAUACAAGUAGUGCGAGUGUCAUCUGUGACCCUGAGACCGGCCUCAUCAACGCUGACGAGAGAUACCCCAUGGUCCUGGGCGAUGCGCAAUCAGAGUACUACACUAGCACCAAGGGCUACGCUGAGAUAGCUGUCACUGAAGCAAAUCGCAAGACCCCAGGGUUCUUUACUUGUGCCCUACGUCCUGCUGGUAUAUUCGGCGAAGGAGACAGACAGAACGUCAGCGCCCUUGUAAAAGCCUAUCGCGAACGGUCCAUCAACUUUCAAGUCGGGGACAAUCAAAAUCUAUUCGACUUCACCUACGUUGGCAACUUGGCACAUGCCCAUAUCCUCGCUGCGACCGCUCUCAUGGCAACUCACGAGAUGAUGCCCACAGUACCUCUGGACACUGAAAAGGUGGACGGUGAAGCUUUUUUCAUCACAAACGACGAGCCUGUCUACUUCUGGGAUUACGCGCGCGCUUCUUGGCGAGAAUGCGGCCCUGUUCCACCUCCACACAAAGUCUGGGUGCUACCGAAAGGAUUAGCCUACGUUAUCGCUACAAUCCUGGAGACGAUUCUCGGUUUAUUCGGCAAACAACCGAACCUGACAAGACAGAGGGUCAAUUAUCUCGCGAUGACACGAUACUAUAACAUCACCAAGGCGAAGACUAGAUUGGGAUAUAGACCGAUUGUGCCGUUACAAGAAGGGAUCAAGAGAGGGGUUGCGCAUGCCUUGGCAGAAGAGGAAAAAGCCGCAGGGAAGAAAGGUUAGUGAUGCUUGCUGAUUCCUCCGGGCGCUUGUGUAGUCGCUGUCUGCCAGUAUACACUCAUCUACAACUUUCUAAUUACAUCAACUUUGAAUACUACUCCUGUAUACACGAAUUUACCAGCUACAUACCUCGAUGUAGAGCUUCGGGCACCUUGCUUAGUACGCUUCAUGCUAUAUCUGUAUAAUAUUUACAUACUCUGCGAUACCAAUGUGGGCGCAGGUACACAGAUAGAAUUGUUCAAUUGCAGCCAGACACGCUGCUUAGUAACAACAGCUCCGGGGCGCUAGCUACUGCGC